AUGCCUCCUCAAGUCAAGUCAAAGGCUCAAAAGGCCGCUGCCGCCAUGGCCGGUUCCAAAGCUGGUAAAAAGAAGAAGUGGUCCAAGGGUAAGGUGAAGGACAAGGCCAACAACGCUGUCGUUUUGGACAAAGCCGUUUACGACCGAAUCCUCAAGGAAGUCCCCACCUACAAACUCAUCUCCCAAUCCGUUUUGAUCGACCGAAUGAAGAUCAACGGUUCCCUCGCCCGAAGAGCCAUCGCUUUCCUCGAAAAAGAAGGUCACAUCAAACGAGUUGUCCACCACCACGCUCAAUUGAUCUACACCAGAGCUACCGCCGCUAAGGAGUAA